UAUGAACCGUCCAGUCGGUGGUACACGCGGUCUGUGCCGGUUCAACUGCCCUCUACAGCUCUCGCGCGACGCGCGAAUUCCCGAUCGUUACUAAAUAUAUAUUACUUAAGAUCUUAUUACAAAGUUUUUUAGAAUUGGGUUGACUGGGUUUUCCAUACUUGGCCGUUUUUGGAUUCAAUCCGGUAUUCCGUGGCCUUGCCAUAGGUUUUCCCACAGUUCAUUGUCUUCAUGAGCUCAAAAACACUGAUACAGCCGCGCGUGUCCAAGUGGCCGCUCAUAGCCGCUGUGGUAGGUGCUCUGUUCGUCAUGUCGGUCGUUACGUUGAUGGCCGCCAUGGCAUGGACAGCCGUCGGCUACGGUAAGUCACCGGUAGGAGGCUACUUGGAAAUCGUCAGUGAAUUUGUAACUGUUAACGACACCGAUCUUUAUGGCAGUCCCUCGGAGGAGAACACGAAUGACCCAUUCAAUUUACAAUCAGAUGAAACUCAGGCAAUAGAAAUGGUUCCAGAGCAAAUGAAAAAAAAACUGUCAUUUAAUGAUUAUCAUGAUAGCAGUAAAUUUGACAAAGAGUUUGUCAAGCCAGUCAAGUUUAUUCCUAAGUCAUUACAUUCUCACGAUAUUCUUUACGGUGGAGAUAAAGUUGACCAAGAAAAGUUAACAAAACACCAUUCGGGUCAAUUUCGAAACAAAACGGCAUUUAUAUGGGACCCUCAUCCUGAAUACGAAUUUAAAGCGUUUGGGAAGACAUUUCAUUUGAUUCUUGUUCAUGAUUCUAUGUUUGUUUCUCCAGGAAUUAAAGUGACUCACAUGAAAUUAAAUGAAUCAUGGAGGGAACCUCCAAAUGUGAAAGUUGAUGGAUGUUUUUAUUCUGGAAAUGUAUCAGGAGAAUUGGGAUCAAUUGUUACAGUUAGCUUGUGUGAUGGAAUGACUGGCCAUAUUCGAACUUCUUCUAAUAAUUACUUCAUCGAGCCUGCGGAAAUAGCUAGUGACCAUUUAACUCCCGUUCUACAUGUGUUUUACCGGGCACGCUCAACAGCUUUUGUUCCUGCGAGUAAUAGUUUACCUAGCGAUAGACUAGAGCAACAGAUACAUCAUUUUGAUCAACAUUGUGGCUUACAAGAUAAUGAAGUUACUAGUGAAUCGGAUACAUUAGUUGAUGAUUUACUUGUAUCAGAAUCUUCCAGUUUCAUACCAAGUACCUCUGAAAUUCCUCAUACGCCAAAAUUUCGAAGGAAACGAUCUCUUUCAUCUGAACAUAUUGUCGAAUUGAUGGUUGUAGCCGAUAAAAAAAUGUCUGAAUAUCAUGGACAUGAGCUUAACAACUAUAUUCUUACAUUAAUGUCAAUAGUUUCAAAAAUAUAUAAAGAUAAAAGUAUAGGAAAUCCAAUGCAUAUAGCUGUGGUAAAACUAGUUAUUUUAAGAGAUAACUUAGUUGAGAGCCGCAACCGUUUGGGAGGUAUAGCUGCUGCUGAUAUGUUACAUAGAUUUUGUGAAUGGCAAGCAUAUCAUAACGAUGAAAACGAUUCUAGUAACAAUCACCAUGAUACGGCGUUAUUGUUGACUCGAGAACAUGUUUGCCGUAAUCACAAUCUAAAAAAAUGUGACAAUACAUUAGGUUUGGCUCAAUUAGGGACAAUGUGUAAAAUUAAUAGUUGCGCUAUCGUCCAGGACAACGGUUUGAGUGCUGCGUUCACUAUUGCUCACGAGCUUGGACAUGUAUUGAGCAUGCAUCAUGAUGAUGACGCCAAGUGUAAAGAAUAUGGACAACUAGAUAGCGUGCAACAUGUCAUGUCUAGAAUGUUAGGUCACAAUUCACAUCCUUGGACUUGGUCUGCUUGCAGCAGACAUUUUUUAACGGAAUUUUUAGAUGCUGGAAAUGGUAAGUGUCUACAAGACGAUGCGACAAAUGAUUACUUGGAAAACGAUAGAAAUCAAAACGAAAAAUAUUUACCUGGUGAAAAUUACACAGAAGAUAAGCAAUGUGAAUUAAUAUAUGGGCCAGGAUCAAAAAUAUGUUCAUAUAUGCCAGUUUGUCAACGGUUAUGGUGUACAACGGGAUCAGACGAAAAAGAUGGUUGUAGGACACAACAUAUGCCUUGGGCAGAAGGAACACAAUGUUGGAAUAGCAGAAACUGGUGUCAACAGGGAAAAUGUGUAACAAAAGAUCGAAAUGCUCUUAAACCUGUUAAUGGUGGAUGGGGACCAUGGCAACCAUAUGGUGAGUGUACGAGAACUUGUGGUGGCGGAGUGAAAAAAAGUUACAGAGAUUGCAAUAACCCACCACCGUCUAACGGAGGAAAGUAUUGUAUUGGUAAAAGAGUUCAGAUUGGUAGUUGUAAUACAAAAGAUUGUCCACCAGAUACACCUGAUUUUCGAGGUGAACAAUGUGCAAAAUUCAAUAACAAUUCAUUCAACAUUCCAGAACUAAAAACUGAUAUACAGUGGUUGCCAAAAUAUGGAGGAGAUGGUGAUGAACGUUGUAAACUCUACUGCCGAGUCUCAUCUUCAGCAACAUAUUACCAAUUAAAAGAUAAAGUGGUAGAUGGAACCCCUUGCUCACCAGACAGUUACGAUAUAUGUGUUAAUGGGAGGUGUGAAAAAGCUGGUUGCGAUCAUGUUUUGGGUUCCACUAGUCAAUUGGAUUUAUGUGGUAUAUGUGGUGGAAACAAUUCCAGCUGUAAACAAAUUUCUGGUUUUCAUAAUAUUUCAAAGCAAGGGUACUCUGAAGUCCUUCAAGUACCAGCUGGAUCCUCCAACCUAGAUAUUCGACAACAUGGAUACCAUGGUUCUAGUAAAGACGAUAAUUAUUUGGCUUUAGUUGAUAGUACUACUGGCGAGUACAUACUUAAUGGCAACUAUGUUUUGAGCAUGUUCAGCAAAAUUAUAGUGUAUGGUGGUACAUUUAUAGAGUAUAGUGGUUCUGAUGCGCCUGUCGAACGUAUUAACUCAUCUAAACCAUUGAAUAAAGAUAUAACUGUAGAAGUAUUGUCAAUGGGAAAGCUAUACGCUCCAGAUAUAGUUUAUCAAUAUACUGUAAUGCGAGAAGAACGUGAUCUUUACACAUGGGCACUAACUAACGAAUGGGGGCCUUGUGAUCAAAUUUGCAAUGGGGAGCAAUUAAGGGUAUAUGUGUGCAUAAGAAAAGCAACUGGUGAAGAAGCUCAAGGUUAUUGUAGUGAUCGGGAUGUGCCUCGUCCACAUAAACAGUCUUGCAACACUCAUUGUUUACUCAAAUGGAAAAUAAUUGGUCAAUCUGAAUGUUCCGUAGAAUGUGGUUUAGGUACACGUACUCAAAGCUCAGUUUGUAUACAAGAAAUUCACAAACGCUCUUCAACUCAAAUGCCUGAUACUAUGUGUUCACAUUUAAUACAACCUUCUAGUAGUAUUCCCUGUACAGGUCUUUGUUUAGAAACUCAUUGGAAAUAUAAAGAGUGGUCUACUUGUUCCAAAUCGUGUGGAACUGGUGUGCAAUAUAGAGAAGCAUUUUGUGUAAACAACAACGGUGACUUAAAAGAAGAGAUUUCGUGUAAUGCUGAUGAAAAAAUUAUUUCUCGAUCAUGUAAUACUGAAAAAUGUCCUGAGUGGUCCAUGGGAGAUUGGUCUUCGUGUUCAGCUACAUGUGGUGAAGGUUUAAAAGAACGCUCUGUAUGGUGUACUGAUAACACUAAAGUGUUGCCGCCUGCGUAUUGCGAUACAAAUACACAACCUGUUCAAAAGGAACCAUGUAAAACGACUAUUUGUCCAGCAUGGUUAAUUGGCCAGUGGUCCCCAUGUUCUGUAACUUGUGGAAAAGGCAUAGUUCGUCGGAUUGUAAAGUGUAAUGUGCCUGAAGAUACGGCUUUCGCCUUCAUUCCCAAACCUGCAGAAGAAGAAGAAUGUAUGCUGUACUUAUGCCCAGUUGCAACUACAACAUCGGUGUAUGACGAGAGACAUGAAAAUGAAAUAUUUGAAAAUCCCGAGGAACACGAAUCUAAUUCCAUACAAAUAAGUAGUAAACUAUACACAUGGAAAGCUGAACAUUGGUCCAACUUCCAGUGUUCAUCAUCUUGUGGUCAAGGUUAUCGAAGAAGGCCAGUAAAUUGCGUAAACACUGUAACUGGUAAAUCAGUCUCAGAGCUGUUGUGUAAAACUAAAAAUAGACCAAAACACACUCAAGUUUGUAUUGCACCAAUGUGCGUUACUUGGUAUGCGGGAGCAUGGAAAGGAUGUUCAACUGAAUGUGGCCAAGGUUUUGAAGAACGUGAUGUUACUUGUGUGUCAUCUGUAAGUGGUCAGUUAGUAGAUGAGACACAUUGUGCUGUACAGAUGGAAAAACCAGAAUCCCGAAGGUCUUGCGAAAGUCAUAAAAGAUGUAAGCCGGUUGCCAAAUGGAAAAUCGAAAAAUGGGGAGAUUGUUCUGCAUUUUGUGGGAAAGGUAUACAAGAGAGAAAUGUGGUAUGUCAGUCUAUAAGAGGCAAUGAUGAAGAUGAAGAAUUGUGUCCUGAACCGAAACCAGAAACAUUUACACCAUGUAAUAAUCGUCCAUGUGAAUCUAAACAAAUUUCAAUUAAUUCUUGGAAUUAUGGCGAAUGGUCCAAGUGUAACGUUACAUGUGGCAAUGGUUAUCAAAAUCGACAGGUUAAAUGUCAAAAUAAUGAAGGAGUUUUAUUACCGGCUAAUCAGUGUAAUGGGCUAAAGAAACCAGAAAUCACUCAGUCCUGUCGAACUUCAGUAAUAUGUCCUAAAUCAUCAGUUAUUUCAGUGUCAGGAGUACAAUACAAAUGGUGGGCAUCGCGAUGGUCACCUUGCUCGGCUACUUGUGGCCAAGGUAUGCAAAAUCGACAAGUUAGCUGUCGGUAUUUACAUAGAGAUGGAUGGAAGUAUGCCUCGAGUGAAAUUCUAUGUGAAGGCUCUGGUAAACAACCAGCUACACAGAAGUUAUGCAAUCUUCGUGCCUGUCUGACUCCAACUGAAUAUACUUGGAAGCCUGAUCAUUGGCGAGAGUGUUCACAUGUAUGUGGCAAAAAAGGUCGGCAGACCCGUCGAGUGUACUGUGUUAAUAAAGCAAUGAAAAAAGUACGAAGGAAAAACUGUGACUGGAGUAUUCGCCCCCCUAGGAAACAGAAGUGUAAUCAAAAAAAGUGUACUGGUUACACAUCAUGUGCCGAUGUCUUACGAAAAUUUCCUCAUUCAAUUGAUAAAGAGUAUAUACUCACUAUACUUGGUCGUAACAUAUCAAUUUAUUGUCAUUCAAUGAGUACCAGAGUACCCACUGAGUAUAUUACAUUGCUUAAAGAUAGCGAAAAUUAUUCUGAAAUGUAUGAUAAAAGACUUAAAGAUCCUACAACUUGUCCUUUUAAUGGUGAAAGACAAGAUAUUUGCCCAUGCCAAGAUAUGCCUUAUAUUUCUUCUGGUUUGACUAAAUUCUAUAAAAUACGAUUCAACGUAACCUCGCUUACGAUAGAAUCCAGAGAUUUCACAUUUGCUAAACAAAUACAUGGUAGAUUUGUACCAUAUGGUGAAGCUGGUGAUUGCUAUAGCAAAUUUAAAAGUGGGUGCCCCCAAGGAAAAUUUAGUAUAGACUUGAAUGGGACAGGUAUGAAAAUUUCCCAAAAUGUUAUGUGGAUUAAAAGGGGGCUUGACACCUCGUCAAGGGUGAACAAAAAUGAAGAUAACACGAAAAUUACUGGAAGGUGUGGUGGUUAUUGUGGAUCGUGUGCUCCAGACCAGAGCUUAAAAUUGGACGUAGUUACAUCAAAUUAAAUCGAUUAAGUUAAUCUCUGGUUAGUUUAUAUCUCAGAGUCAUAUAUAUAUAUAUAUAUAUAUACAGUAUACAAGUAACAUAAUAUUUAUGUAUCAAUGUAUACUUCAUUAAGUAAACAACUACUUACACAUAGUGGUCAGAGUUGAAACAGUUACCAUUGUUACACGGCCACUGAUGGACUGAAAAUAAUCCCAAAUUUAGAAAUAAUUUUUAUACUUAAAAUUAAGUAGCUUAUUCAUAUUCAACAAAUUUGUGACUACAGCGUAGUGUCAUAAAAUGUUGUUACUAUACAAUUUUGAUAUUUAAUAUAUGGAAUAAAAUAAUAUUGAUUUCGCCCAAGAAAUGAAAUAAGAUGAGCUUACAGCAAAUUGUAAAUGAUGAUGUCUCUUAAUCUAAGUGUUGUAAGGUUAAAAAUAAAAAUGUUAUUACAAUAUAUAAAUCGAAUUUAUAGACCUCUCUAUAAUAAAUAAAUUUUCAAUUUAAUAGUAUCACUAAAUAUUACAUUUUGACUGAUUUGUAUUAAUAUUAUGAAAAAUAUUAUUUAUGUAACUGUUUAAAUUACAAAAUAGAAGUAAACAGACUCUCAAAAAUAAAUAACAUGAUUAAAAUUAUUUCUUGAUAUAAGCAACCUUUAAAAUAUUAAUAUCAGUUUGUAAAAUUUUUAAAAAGUAUUUCAAAUUUUGGAACUAAUUGGAAUGAUAAA